AUCUCUAGCCAGUAUGAGAAGCAGCUCGAGCUGAUCCAGGAACGCCUGAGAUCCAUCGAGCAUAGCAUCCGGAACCUUUCUCAUUCACCUUCUGCCCCUCUCACCGUUCCACCUGCCUCUGCCCAGGACACCCCAGAAACAACAACCUCUCCAUUUGAAGGCGAAUCCUCUUUUGCCUCGCAAACCAUCCAAGCUAGAGAAGCCGCCGAUAUGACUGCGGCUGCUAUCAACACUGACGAAGUAGCCACGGUCCUGGCUUCCUUGAGGAACAGCCUUCAAACACCCCGCGCCUAUGAAGCCUACCUUACACCCCAUAACUCCAAUCCUUCUCCCCAAGAACAAAACCUCCCGCCUGUUGACUUCGUCGUGGCUGUCGUCAAGCGGAUUAAAGCUUCUCCCUCGUUCGUUAUAGUGUGUUACUCCUUCACGGACCCACUUCUCUUGGAAAAGCUUUGUCGCAAAAUCUAUUUUCCUUCGGAACCCCUUCCUUCUGGCUCCGUUGCUCUUCUCCAAGCCCUAGUAUUUUAUAUCGUUUCUGACUUGAUAUCCGCCCAUGACCCUUUAACCGAACAAUUUGACUGUGCCGCCUACGCCGAACUUUGCGAACGAAAUUUCUCCAGCGCUCUAUCCACCUAUGAGACUCUCGCCAUUCCAACCUUGGAAAAUGUUCAAGUCCUUAUGUUUGGAGCCUGCAGAGCUCAAGAAAAGGCAAAACUUUCCCUCUGUUGGACUUAUCUCGCCGCCGCCCACACCCUGUGCCAAACAAUGGGCAUCCAUCGCAAGUCGUUCCUUCAAAAUGACCCCCACCCCGUUGCUGAAGCAAAGCGCCAUGCGUUUUGGUUCCUCUACCUCAUGGAAAAGAACCUCUCUCUCAAUACUGGCCGAACGUCGAGUUUCCAAGAUUACGAUAUUGAUUGUGAAUUAUUUUCCAUAUCAAAGAACCCAAAACAAGCCCCAUGGGACAUCCUCAACCUCGCAUCAGUCGGGUUCGCUCGCAUUCAAGGCAAAGUCUAUGAUCAGUUGUAUUCCGCUUCCGCCGUCACUCAGCAUCCAACAAAAAAAGCUUCAAUUGUAGAACAACUUGCCACAGAACUCCUUCAGACCCGUGAUCAAAUUUGCUCUGUUGACAUCUCCAACUCUUACUUCAGAGAUGCCCUCGAAUGCCUUAUGAUAUCCACCGAUUUCAUGUACUAUUCUGUUCUCACGAUGAUUUAUCGCGCCCAAACUUCUACCAGCCAUGCCACCGAAAUCAGUUCCCAAUGCUACGAAGCCGCCAGGCUAAGUCUACGGGCUCAUCUGAAAACUUUCGAGCAUUUCGUGCCCGGCGAAAACCAUUUCCGGACGAUUGAUUUUGUCAACUGGUAUGUCUUCGCUAUUUUUAUCAAUUGGAUCGUUCUCUACUGCUCUUUCGCCCCCUACGUUAUUGUCUUCACCCACGCCAUGGCCACGUUUGACGAGGACGAUAUCACUCUUUUGCGCGAGACUGUGAACGCUCUAAACCAGCUCAAGGAGGUAAAUAGCGGCGUUCGUCGUCUCUUUGACGUCUGCAAAGCUUUCCUCAACACUGCCGAAGUUAUAAGUCGCUCGCAGAAGAAAGUCGAUGGAGUCCAUCGACAAGAUGAUGGCUCCCUUGUCCUCUCUCCUUUCUCCGGUGAAGCUAUAGCUACCGGAGAUCUUGCCUGGCCCGGGGGAAUGGCUGACUUUGAUAUGAGCGGCAUGGACAUAUCAGCAUUCCUUGGCAAUUGGCUUGGAACCAACAGGCCUGUCACUGACAUGCUCAAUCUGGAUAGCGAUGCCGAUGUUUUGAAUUGAGUCACCGUGGCAUCCGCGGCAAUUUUAGCGCGGGCUAGCUCGGCAUCCGUGGCGGCCGCGGAACCCGCGGGUUCCGCACUACCAGGCUACCU